AUGGACGACGCGUCUCCAAUUCCGCCCACUGUACCAAAAACGUUGCCGAAAUACGGCGCAGUAUCGCGGUCUCGCCAGUACACUCCCUCGACCAAUCGCAGCUCAGUCUGUGUUGUGAAAACGUCCACUUGCAGCUUCCUCCCUCUCCAUCCUCAGGUCCAUCUCUCCUCCUCCUCCUCCCCCUCCUCCUCUCUGCCGUCCGCCUGGCGAGGCUUCGGGAGCAAGGUGAGGCUGCUGCUGCCGUACGUCUGGCCCAAGGGCACCGCGGCGCUGCAGGGACUCGUGCUGCUGUGCGUCGGCCUGCUGGCGGCCGAGCGGCUGGUGAACGUGCUGGUGCCCGUUUACUCCAAGAACGUCGUGAAUGAGCUCUCUGCAGGAGGCGGCUGGACUUCGCUGGUCGUCACCGUCUGCAUCUACACGCUGCUCAAGUUCCUGCAAGGAGGAGGAGCAGGAACAUCUGGUUUCAUCAGUAACCUCCGUCAGUUCCUGUGGAUCCGAGUUCAGCAGUUCACCAGCAGAGGCGUUCAGCUGCGCUUGUUCUCCCACCUGCACGGCUUGUCUCUGCGCUGGCACCUGGAGCGACGCACCGGGGACGUGCUGCGGAGCGUCGACCGCGGAACCUCGUCCAUCAACAACCUGCUGAGCUACAUCCUGUUCAGUAUCCUCCCGACCGUCUGUGACAUCAUCAUCGCCGUCGUCUACUUCGUGUCCUACUUCAGCGUCUGGUUCGGACUCAUCAUUUUCACCUGCAUGGUUCUGUACCUCACCUGCACGGUCCUGAUCACCGAGUGGAGGACGAAGUACAGGAGAGAGAUGAACAGUCAGGACAACAACGCCAAGUCCAGAGCUGUCGACUCGCUGCUCAACUUCGAGACGGUAAAAUAUUACAACGCUGAGGAUUAUGAGGUCCGCUGCUUCCAAGAGGCCAUUCACAAAUAUCAACAUUGCGAGUGGAAGAGCUUGGCGUCGCUCGCUCUGCUGAACCAAGCGCAGAACGUCAUCAUCGGAUCAGGACUUCUGGCCGGAUCACUGCUCUGUGCCCGCCUGGUGUCCGGGGGUCAAUUCCAGGUUGGAGAUUAUGUUCUGUUCGGGACCUACAUCAUCCAGCUGUACACCCCUCUCAACUGGUUCGGCACCUACUACAGGUUGAUUCAGAGUGCGUUCGUUGACAUGGAGAACAUGUUGGCGCUGCUGACGGAGCAGAAGGAGGUCCAGGAUGCGGAGGACGCGCGGGACUUGCAGCUCAGAGCAGGUCAGGUGGAGUUUGACAGAGUCUGUUUCAGCUACGUGCCUGGCACUGAGGUUCUCAGGGAUGUGACCUUCACAGCGGAGGCGGGACAGACCGUGGCCCUGGUUGGUCCGUCUGGAUCAGGCAAAAGCUCCAUCCUGCGUCUCUUGUUCAGAUUCUACGACCCUCAGAGUGGCUGCAUUCGCAUAGACGGACAGGACAUCUCCAAGGUGCGCCAGUCGUCUCUGCGGUCGUACAUCGGCGUGGUUCCCCAGGACACGGUGCUUUUCAACGACACCGUCGGCAACAACAUCCGCUAUAGCCGAGUCACAGCGAGCGACCGGGAGGUGGAGACGGCGGCCGUGGCGGCGGACAUUCACGCCAGGAUACUGGAGCUCCCUCAGGGCUAUGACACGGAGGUGGGGGAGCGGGGCCUGAAGCUCAGCGGCGGGGAGAAGCAGCGGGUGGCGAUAGCUCGAACCGUCCUGAAGGAACCCCAGAUCAUUCUGCUGGAUGAGGCCACUUCUUCACUGGACACCCAAACUGAGAGGAACAUCCAGGCGUCACUGGCCAAGGUCUGCACCAACAGGACGACUAUAGUGGUCGCACACAGGCUGUCAACCAUCGUGGGAGCAGACCAGAUCCUGGUGGUUCACAGUGGACACAUAGCAGAGAGAGGAAGACACGAGGAGCUGCUGGUCCGGGGAGGCCUGUACGCAGCCAUGUGGACGAAACAGCAGAGAACUCACAUCAAGCCGAGAACAGGAACACGCGUCGACAAUCCAGCUCAAGAAACGUAGAGGGGGGGGGGGGGGGGGUUCUGUCCUCA